ACAAUUCAUCAGUUGAACGAACCAUGAACUCCUAUAACAGCCACCAUUUCCACACCUAAAUCCGCCACCAAGAAAUGGCUCUCUCUGCAGGCAAACACCUCCUCUCUCUCCUUACUCUCCUAUCCUUCUUCCUCCUAAUCACUGAUGCAAGGUUGGAGUUGGACCCUUCAGACCUCAAAGCCCUCUCAAUCAUCCAAAAAGACUUCGGCUUCAAGGGUCAACGCCACCCAUCCACCACCUCCCCUUGCAAUGCUCCUGGUGUAUUCUGUGAGAGAAGGUUCUCAAAGAACAACACUUAUGUCCUCAAAAUCACGAGGCUUGUCUUCAAAUCCCAGAGUCUUCGAGGGUUCUUAUCUCCGGCAAUCAGACGGCUCUCCGAGCUCAAAGAGCUCUCUUUAUCCAACAACAAGCUUGUUGACCAAGUCCCACCACAGAUAGUCGAUUGCCGGAAACUGGAAAUUCUGGACCUGGGAAGCAACCACUUCUCCGGGGAAGUUCCCUUUGAGUUGUCUUCUUUAGUCCGUCUUCGAGUUCUUGAUCUCUCCUCAAAUAAAUUUUCUGGGAACCUGAGUUUCUUGAAAUAUUUCCCAAACCUGGAAACUCUUUCUAUUGCAAACAAUCUGUUCUCUGGGAAAAUACCAAAAUCUCUGCGAUCCUUUCGCAAUCUCCAGACUUUCGAUUACUCGGGGAAUAGCUUUCUUGAAGGUCCUGCACCAUUCAUGAAAAGAGUUAAUGUUUCAGCAUCUCAGUAUCCAAAACGCUACAUUUAUGCAGAGGAUAAAACUAGAAGAAAUUCUGCUCUAGCACCAGCACCAGCACCAGCUGCAGCCAAUGCUUCUUCCGGUGCUCAGGCUCCGGCUCCAUCAACGGAGCACCACAAGCAUAAAAAGAAGAAUAGGAAGCUGAGAGCGUGGAUUUUGGGAUUCUUUGCUGGAGCAGUAGCCGGGCUGAUAUCUGGAUUUGUAUUCUCGUUGAUGAUGAAGCUGGUCUGGGCAGCAAUCAGAGGUGGGCGAAGAGAUUCAGGGCCAGCGAUCUUUAGUUCACUAAUCAAGAAAGAGCAAUUAGCUUUCUUGGAGAAAGAAGAUGGGCUCGCUUCACUGGAGAUGAUUGGAAAAGGUGGGUGUGGAGAGGUUUACAAAGCUUUGCUGCCUGACAGUGACGGUAAAAUUAAAACGAUUGCUAUAAAGAAGGUUAUUCAACCUCUAAGGGAUGCAACAGAGUUGACUGAUGAAGACAGUAAGCUUCUGAACAAGAAAAUGAGGCAAAUUCGAUCGGAGAUAAACACUGUCGGCCAAAUUAGGCACAGGAAUCUACUUCCCCUAUUAGCUCAUGUGCCACGGACUGACUGUCAUUACCUAGUCUACGAAUUCAUGAAGAAUGGGAGCCUCCAAGACAUACUUAGCCAGGUUUCAGAAGGCAAAAGAGAAUUGGAUUGGAUUGCUCGACACAAGAUUGCCCUAGGAGUGGCAGGAGGGCUUGAGUAUCUGCAUAUUAAUCAUAGCCCGCGUAUCAUUCAUAGGGAUCUUAAGCCAGCCAAUGUCCUUCUCGACGACGACAUGGAGGCGCGUAUUGCAGAUUUUGGGCUUGCCAAGGCAAUGCCAGAUACGCAUACGCACAUCACAACUUCAAAUGUGGCAGGAACUGUGGGUUACAUAGCUCCAGAGUAUCAUCAAACACUUAAGUUCACAGACAAGUGCGACAUGUAUAGCUUUGGGGUUCUGCUAGGGAUUUUAGUGAUGGGGAAGCUCCCAUCUGAUGAGUUUUUCCAACAUACGAAUGAGAUGAGCCUGGUUAAGUGGAUGAGAAAUAUAAUGACCUCUGACAAUCCUAGCCAAGCAAUUGAUUCAAAGCUGAGGGGAAAUGGAUUUGAGGAGCAGAUGCUUUUGGUUCUGAAAAUUGCUUGCUUUUGCACCCUUGAAGAUCCAAAGCAGAGGCCUAACAGUAAGGAUGCUAGGUGCAUGUUGUCUCAGCUCAAGCAUUGACCAUGUAUGAUAUAAUAAGUUUUAGCAACUGUAAGAACAAUGAUAGUUCUAAGUAUGUAUGGUUCAUCUUCAUCCAAUAUGUUAAAAGCCCUAAGAUAUGUAUUUUCUCAUCAAUGUUAUGAAGCAAAUAAUGCAUAACACAUGGGUACUGCCUUUAUUUUUCUUUAGUUUUUAUGGCAAAUGUAAAAUCUAAAAAGCAAACUAUACCUUUAUUCGUUCU